GUCGGAUUUGUGACAAACCAUUGAUGACUUUUUCCUUCUCAUUAUGGAAAUAUCGUUUCGAUUGCAUUCCGUCGGUAGUUCCGAGUAUGGAAAAAUGCAUUUUUUCACUUUUCCAUACAACGUUUAUGUCUGUAACAUGUAACUGAUUAAUAAUAAUGAUUAUUUAUCAUUUACUUGGGUCGCCUCAUUUGAUCAAGAGCUCAAAAUAUGUGCGGUGAGAGUGAUUCCGCGAUUUCUUCAAUAAAUAAUAAAUUGCCUACAACUUUUUAAUGCGAUAAUGUUUAAAAGGUUUACUUAUUCGCUUGUAUCGCUGAGAACCGCGUCAAUUCGUAACGUGCGGCCGGGUGUUGUUGUUACUCUGCGCCACUGUUGUUUUCGGAUCGAUCUAUACGUAUGUAUGUAUGUAUCGGUGCUUAGUAGUGGCCAAUACAUUGGAUAUGUGAAUAUGUUGUGAGUGUAGAGCAGACCUGUUCUUCUCUUCAUUGCGAGUUAACGAACACGGCACACUUGCCAUAUUCGUCUGUUUUGCGCCAGUGAUCUGUCUUUUUCCUUCGAUGCAUGCAAUUGAUUGUUUCGAUUCCGUUGCCAUUACCAAAACACUCGUUCAAGCUUGUGCACGGUAUACACGAAUUACAACGAAGUAGCAAAAAGUAAUACUUAUCGCUAUAAUCGAUAACAAUAAUUCGUACGUUGAUUCGACCGGACGACUAAACGCGAUAUAAACUGAUAAUCAUGGUAAUUACCUCACCUUGAGAUGAACGCGCUCUGAAUGAAGAUAUCAUUGAUAACGAAUCGACCAAUACUUAUUUCAAAUACAAAGUCUGAUCCAUUUCAAUCGGCUGCAAAUCGAAAAUAAAAAUCAAAGAAAAGAUACAAAAAUAACAUAUCCAAUUUAUCAUUAAUCUCGAGUGUGAGUACGCAACAAACGGGUAAAGCGACUACAAAAAAGACAAAAAGAAAACAGAAACAUAUUUACGAGAGUCGUGUGCGUAGCUCCCCAGUGUAGCGAUUGUGAACGUGAGAUCGAAAGCGAAGACAAUAAAAAACAUUCGUGUAUAUCGUGUUGAGAAGGUGAACAAGAAAACUCCGGCGAAAGAAAUGAUUGAAGGUGCACCGAAGAUUGCAUUUUAAUAGCGAACAACAUCAGCAUCACCGACGUCGCUGAUUCUCACAUCGAACGCAAUUAACUAUUAUCUUAUUGACGCGAUUUGAAGUUUUUGAUAAAUACAUACACAUACAAAAAAGAAAAAGUCAAUUUGCCACAGACACUUUGCCCGUCGCAUCGAGACGAAAGUGGUUUGCUGUCGAGGCACGAAUCGUGAGUGUGAGUGUGAGCUGAAAAAAUUAACAUGUAAAUUGUUGAAAAGAAAAAAAAACAUUCGUGAAUGAAGAGAAAUUAAAGCAAGAAGAGAAAAAAUACAUAUAUAAAAAGGAAAAGUGCAUCUUUGGUAAUAUUUAUUGGUAAGCGCAAAGGAAGUGAGUGUAUCAAAAGAAAAGUUGUUGGAAACUGCAGAAGUCAAAGGGAGAUAUCAUGGACAAAAUCAAAGUGAAAAUCGAAAAUAUGGAGAUAUCAAACGCAGACAAUACUUUGAAGCCGGCUCUAAGUUCGACAAAAUCGAUCGACGAGGGUUUUGAAAGUGAUCCUGAUCGUGAGCUAUCAAAUGCGGAAUCAGAUUCAAAUCAUUUGCAGUCGGCUUUGGUGGUGGCUCAAUCACAGACGUUUGAUGUUCUCCAAACAACUGAUCGUGAUGGUGUGCAACACACACAAAUAACUCGUCGACCGUUACACACCGACUUUCCAGGUCAUAAACCAUUCGAAAGCGGUACAGUUUUGAGCGCAAGCGAAAACCUACGCCGUAACCAAGAAUUGGAAAAGAAUCGCAUCGUUUAUACUAAUCCAAAAGUAUCAAUUCCACGUGCUGGAGCCGCCAAUCAACGUAUUAUUAUGACAACAAAUGGUUCGAUACAAUCAACACAAUUGGCACAUUUGACACCAAACCAUUUACAAUACAAUGCAUCACCAAUUGACAAUAAUACGACAAUCGUCGAUCAACAUAAUCACCGACACCGUUUAGCGGGCAAAUCACUUGAGCUUGGCAAUUCCCGUUUAGCGAAAUCGACCGAACUGAUGUUACGUAGUGGAAAUACUGGACGUGAGCGUAUGAACUUCCCAAAUACAAUGAACGAUAAUCUAUCACAAGUGGCACUCAUAAAUGGCAAAUUGAUUUGUGUUAAUAUGCCCGUUACACAAAUCAUUCCAGCGGCAUCGAUACCAUCCGCAUCAGCCUCCUCAUUUGCGAAUGCAUCGCAUAAUCACAUUAUUCAUAACUCUAAGCGACAUUUUUCGAAUAGCAGCAAUAGUAAUACCGCGGGAACUGGCAAUCAAGCGACAAAAAUUAACAAUCAUCAUCAUCAAAAGUACAUUAGCAAUGGUCGCAAUAGCAAUAGCAACGGCAGCAGCAGCAACAACAACAACAACAACACCAAUAGCUGUGUCGUCGCAAAUGACGCGAAUUCAAUCGCCCAACAAGUGAAUAAUGCGAUUAUACAAAAUGCGAAUAGCAGCAUUCAUACGUUUUAUCCGGCCGAGGGAAAUAUUAGUUUGAUACACUCACAGUAUGGCCUCAAAUAUAAAUCAACACAUUUGAACAGAAUACAAGAGCAACCAGCACCGAUUUCACUUUGGUCACAGUCACUGGCACGCCAGCCAAGAAGGUUGUUGUCGACGUCAUCAUCAUCAUCAAAUGAACCGCAGACGGUAAUUGCUCAUCAUUCUAUGGCCGUAAAGCCACCAAGUGGCCUCUCGCAGAAACUCAAAGAAUUGGCUUCAUCAGCUGGACUUCUGUCACUUUCGUCUGGAUCAUCAUCACCGUCUCCCCCUACAUCGUUAUCCAGUACGAAUGCCAAAAACAAAAUGCCAUUAAAACCUGUGAUCAAAACCAAAGGUUCACCAGUUUCCAUUGAUUAUCCGAAAAAAGUUACGUUUAGCGAUUUUGCAACUGUCCAGGUUGUCUGAUCGCCAACACACAUGCAACAUUACCUGAGAGAGAAACAGACAUGCACAAACAGCUGAAUAAUCAAACUAUCGAAUGCGAACUGAAAAUACAGACAGAGAAAUACAAAAAUGCGCUCCCAAAAACAUUAUCGUACAAAUUGCCUAGUAAAUUAUACGUUGGCGCUGUUUUAUAGCUGCUAUUUGUUGUCGGUUACUUUAAUUGGCUAAAGAGCACAGAAAUAGAGAAAAAAUCAAUUUUGUGUUUGGAUUCUGCGUCUUUCCUUUAGCUAUCGAUAUGAUGGGUCUCUUUGAGUGUGCAAUAUCGAAAAUUGGUCAAAGCACUUUCACAUCCACGACCACGGCGAAUGUAUCGAAUUAAAAGCCGUCAAACUUGUCGGAGUGCAUGCGUUGAUCGCUUAUCGUUUGAAACACCUAACAAUUAAAUUGUCAUAUAAAAAAUAGCCAUGCUCAAAUCAUAUGCUGUCCAAUCGACAAUACCCACCUCGAACGAAACCAUAAUGGAUAAUUCACGGCUUUCGUAGAAUGCUCAAGCUGUUAUUUCCAUGGUCAAUGAACGUUUCGUUGACACUUUUCGAGCGCACAUCGAUACCGAUGGAAAGCACGUUUGUAGAAAAGGUGUUAAUAGGUUGGUCAAGUGUUUCUUUGAUCCGAAAAUCACCUCAAUACUUUCAAUACUACUGAAUUAUUGAUCUGGUCAGCAACGCUUUUUCAGCAUGUUGAAUUAAUAGCUGUUAUUUUUCCUUUCUUCUCACAUCUCUCGCAGCUACUGCACCACGCGAGAAACUUCAUCGUAUUGCUUUUUUUGUUGAUCUUAUUGUUUUGUUUGCGUUUUGAACAAUUGGUUUCACAUCGGAAUCGUGAAUGGCAGCGCAUGACCAUUUUCUCACCUGAGAUCAUAAUUAAAUUAAUCGGCAAAAGAAUCCAAAUCCAUUUUUUUUGGCUUUGUGGCAGAGUAUAGAAAAAAUUGAGAGUUUGAUCUAGAAAGUUUUAUUUUCUUAAAUCAAUUAAAACUUUCUUUUCACUUGCUAUAUAUCUUGCUUCAUUCACAGUUUUCCACGUGUAUGCGAAAUUAUUUUUCCAAAUUAUUUUCAGUUCAAACUGCAACUUUAUUUCAAAUUAAUGUUUCAUACAGAAAAAUAUGCCUCAUAGAAGUUUUGAGGUUGUAUGGCGUUCCAUCGGUGAAUUUAAAUGAAAGAUGUUCUAACUGGAGCUUACCUUAAAAGUAUCCGUUGAUUUUUGUACGAAAAUCGAUGAGGAUAAAUUCUCUUCUUCAAAAAUGAAACGUCCAACGUAUUUGUUUUUGUAUAAUUAAUAGAAACGAGAGACACCAAAACUACUAUACAUAUUUUUUAUUUGUUUUUGUUUUUGAUAAACUCGUUCACAUGCACACUUAAUUGAAUAAAAUACACAAACUGCAACAAAAUGCCCCUAAUUAAAGAGAGAUUGUUUUGAAUUUAUUGUCUUUAUAAAUUCAAAAUCAAUUUGACAUUGUUUUUUAUUUAUUUCUUCUUCAUGUCUUGUUUACGGCUGAUUUUUGUAAAUUUUGUUGUUAUUGUAAAAGAAACAGAUGUGACUAGGAAAUGAAAUUGACUGGAGUUUAGAUAUGCGUUGAAUUAAGUAAUUAAGAUGUAAAUUGAUUUUCUCGUAGUGAUUUUGUAACACAAUUUAUGCAAACGCAUGGAAAGAAGGGCAUAUUAAAUCGAUUAUUUAAGAGAAGAUUGUAAAAAAGUAUCAAAUUACAAGUUUAAAAUAAAAUCAAAUGUAUCAAA